CAAAAACGGCAGUAUUAACGAGACGAUGGACAGUUCUAAAGAUGAGACGAUGGCACAAAAUGACAAAAAUUUAAGUAACAAUAAUCAACCACUCCCAAAUCUAAAUCUUAAACGACAGUUAGACACAAACGAUGUGAUCGACAAAAAAUUGGAACAAUUUUCUGAAAUUGAGGUCAGAUUGAGUUCUAAACUGACCCAAUUAGAAAAAGUUAUGGAUGUCACCCACAAAAUGCAUUCAAGCAUGCAGGACAGCAUGAAAUUAUGGUUGGAUCAACGUGAAAAAGAUAUGCAGGCUGAAGCCAACCGUUUGCAAGCGGCAAACAAGACACAUCCGGCUUCUAAUCAAACUACUGUAGCUUCCGUCCAAUAUGCAAACUCCGGCAAAACAAAAUUCACUAACGUUGUUACGAAUGCGACGAAUUUGGACACAUGAAUAACGAGUGUCCUUUAAAGGGACAAGGUCUUAAAAAAUGCUAUGAAUGUCAGGAGUUCACGGCCCACAAAGCUUUCCAGUGUCCUCAACGACUGGCACGACAAGGAGGAGCAGGACGAGGUAGAGG